GCUAUUUUUCUUUACUUUUAAUGUUUAAAAAUGGCUACUUCUAACAAAUUGACUUCAAUUGAUUCAAGUGAAAAUAAUAUAGCCAGCCGAAGUUUUAACAAAUGCGAAGAUGAAAUUUUUAUAAAUAUAUUAUGUGAAUUACCUAUCCUUCUUCAAAAAAGUCAAGUUUUGAACGUCAAAAUAAUGAAAAACAAAGCAUUUUUAAGAAUGCAAGAUCUCUUGUUCCAAGCAACAGGAACAAAGAGCGAAAUAAAAACUUUGGCAAAAAAGAUUGCCAAUAUGAAAACAAGGUUGAAGAAAAAGUCUUAUAUACAUCGAACUGGAAAUAAGCCUAUAAAGCUUUCAUUGAUUGAACAAAAACUUGCAAAUCUUCUAGACACAGAAAAGAAUUCUAACUUCACACAAGUUGAUGGCGUAAUAUCGGUAGGCAAAGAACAAACUCCUAGUGCGAGUGUUGCUGAAACAAGUGGUUCUAUGUUCAACAACUCAAUAUUUUCAUUAUCACCAUCAGUUAAGUCUUCUGAUAGUGUUGAAAGAAGUUGCAUGAACACAUCUUCUCAAGCAUGGAGGUCAAUUCCAAAAAGAUUAAAGUUACCUGGUGAAACUAAAGAAACUAUAAAAUGGAGCAAUACAGAGCUUCACCGUGUGCUCAUGCUGGAAAAGCUAAAAUAUUAUCGGCUAAAAAAUUUAAAGUUGAAAAAUACUACUCCCAACCAUAUAUUAAAUGAAUAGGAUAUAUAUAUUGUUGUUGACAUUAAUGUCGAUGGAAAUAAAACUUAAAGAAGU